CCAGGCUCACGGGCGCCCGCCUCCCUCCUUCGCGGACUGUCUCCCGACUCGCCGGCUGAGAGCCCUUUUUGACUGCGAGCGGUGGUAGCGGAGCAGAGGCGGCGGCGCGGGACCUGCAGUCGUCCGGGAUUCCCUCCAGGUGACGAUGCUCUGGUUCUCCGGCGUCAGGGCUCUGGCUGAGCGUCCCUGCCGGCGCUCGCCUGGGAUUACCUGCUGCGUCUUGCUGCUGCUCAAUUGCUCGGGGGUCCCCAUGUCUCUGGCUUCCUCCUUCUUGACAGGUUCAGUGGCAAAAUGUGAAAAUGAAGGUGAAGUCCUCCAGAUUCCAUUUAUCACCGACAACCCUUGUAUAAUGUGUGUCUGCAUGAACAAGGAAGUGACCUGCAAGAGAGAAAAGUGCCCAGUGCUGUCAAGAGACUGUGCCCUGGCCAUCAAGCAGAGGGGAGCCUGUUGCGAGCGGUGUAAAGGUUGUACCUAUGCGGGAAAUACCUAUAACAGCUCCUUCAAAUGGCAGAGUCCUACUGAACCCUGUAUCCUGCGCCAGUGCCAGGAAGGCGUUGUCACGGAGUCUGCGGUGCGAUGUGUUGUUCAUUGCAAAAACCCUUCCAAGCACCUGGGGACGUGCUGCCCCACCUGUCCAGGCUGUGUGUUUGAGGGGGUGCAGUACCGAGAAGGGGAGGAAUUUCAGCCAGAAGGAGACAAAUGUACCAAGUGUUCCUGUGUCGAAGGCAGGACACAGUGCUUGAGAGAAGUCUGUCCCAUCCUCUCCUGUCCUCAGCACCUUAGCCACAUUCCCCCAGGACAGUGCUGCCCCAGAUGUUUGGGUCAGAGGAAAGUGUUUGACCUCCCGUUUGGAAGCUGCCUCUUUCGCAGUGAUGUCUACGACAACGGAUCCUCUUUUCUCUAUGAUAACUGCACCGCAUGUACCUGCAGGGACUCUACUGUGGUGUGUAAGAAGAAGUGCUCCCAGCCUGGUGGCUGCGACAGAGGCGAGGGGGCCUGUUGUGAAGAGUGCCUCCUGCGAGUGCCCUCAGAAGACAUCAAGAUGUGCAAGUUUGGAAACAAGAUUUUCCGGGAUGGGGAGAUGUGGUCCUCUAUCAACUGCACCAUCUGUGCUUGUGUGAAAGGCCAGACAGAGUGUCGCAAGAAGCAGUGCGUUCCCAUCAGCAGCUGCCCUCAGGGCAAAAUUCUCAACCGGAAAGGAUGCUGUCCUAUUUGCACGGAAAAGCCCGGCGUUUGCACAGUAUUCGGAGAUCCCCACUACAACACUUUUGAUGGACGGACGUUUAACUUUCAGGGGACAUGUCAGUACGUUUUGACGAAAGACUGCUCCUCCCCUGCCUCGCCCUUUCAGGUGCUGGUGAAGAACGAUGCUCGCAGGACCCGCUCCUUCUCCUGGACCAAGUCGGUGGACCUGGUGCUGGGCACCAGCACUGUCAGCCUCCAGCAGCACCUGACCGUGCGCUGGAAUGGCUCGCGCAUCGCGCUGCCCUGCCAGGCGCCGCAGUUCCACAUCGACCUGGAUGGCUACCUCCUGAAAGUGACAACCAAAGCAGGUUUGGAAAUAUCCUGGGAUGGAGACAGUUUUGUAGAAGUCAUGGCUGCCCCCCAUCUCAAGGGCAAACUCUGUGGCCUUUGUGGCAACUACAAUGGACAUAAACGUGAUGACUUAAUUGGUGGAGACGGAAACUUCAAGUUUGAUGUGGAUGACUUUGCUGAGUCCUGGAGGGUGGAGUCCAAUGAGUUCUGCAACAGACCCCAGAGAAAACCAGUGCCUGAACUGUGUCAAGGGACAGUGAGGGUAAAGCUUCGAGCCCAUCGGGAGUGCCAGAAACUCAAAUCCUGGGAGUUCCAGACCUGCCACUCAACUGUGGACUAUGCCACUUUCUAUCGAUUGACCUCGCCCAUGUCUAAUGAAAUUGAAAGAUCUUAAAGUAGCACUCUGGAGUGAGUUAAGCACCUGGACAGACAAGCCAAGCUUCCUUUGGAAUCUAAAUACCCAUCAUGGGAAAGUCUGAUGGGAAGCAGUAGAGCACAGCAAUGAAGAACUUUGUGGUUUCCUAGAGCUAAACAUUCAGCCUAGCUUUACAACGUUGAACAAUUAUUUAAGCUCUCUAAGCCUUAGCUUGCUUAUCUGCAAAGUGGGGGUAAUAAAAUCAGAGUUGCCAUUCUGAUUCAGUGAGAUUAUGAAUGUAAAUGCAUGUGCUCAACCCAGUGUCCACGCAGACGUGUUCAAUAAUUGCUGGCCAUUGGUGUAUCUUCUACCCUUAAUUAAAUGAUUAACAAGGGAAGGCCUCUUGUGGAAGCGCCCCUGCCUCAGUUGUGGAUUUGGAUUGGACCCUUCUCCGUCUAAAGUAGAACAGAAAGGCUGUACUUCUCCCAGGACCCCAGCGGUCUACACCUUUGGUUUUCAUCCCAUUUCAAAGGGAUGUGUUGAAAGCAAAAACUGGCCAGCAGGCCUGCAGAGAUUCGUCCCUUUUUUUCAGAUUUCUAUUUCUUUUCUCUUUGGUGAUUUAUUUUGUAUUAUGAUUCCUGGACUGCAAACAGGAAUAUGAUGAGCACCUUGGCAGAAGUCGUGAGAAACGACUUUGACAUGAACAGAAAGAAUCAGAAUUGUUAGGUGGCCAGGCAGAUGCUUGCCUUCUGCUCUUGAACGUUGUUGCUACAGCGGCAUAACUGGGGGUCACUGUGCAAGGGACUUGAUGAAGUUCGGGGAGCUUAUGAGUGCGCUCCUGGGAUCGGGUUAGAUAAAGUCUCCCUGAGAAACAAUUUAAAAAUGAACCACUUCUCUUUGGUGACAUUGAAGGGAAUCCUCUAAGUGGAAUUGCAUUACAAGCCUUUAAAAAGUUGUUUCUGUCUCAUAAGAAUAAUAUAUGUUCGUUGUAUGACAUUUAAAGAACAUUAAAAACAAUAAAGCAGAAAAUAGCAAUCACCUGAUAUUCCACAAUAUAAAUUCUUGCCUGUAUAUUUUAUGUCAUUGGUGGAAUUUCUCAAAUGAAAAUUUCAGUCAUGACCAGGCCUGUGAUCUUUUUAUGAGUCAAUCUAGGACUAAAGAGAUUCAGCUUGACAUGGUCAUGGAAGGUCAUAUAUAAAUCGUAUAUGAAUUUUAUUCCUUCCGUUUUCCCCUUAUCCUCCAAAGAACUAUCUGUACUUUCCUUUAGGACAAAGGAAUAGAGAUGCAUAAUGCAACCUUCCAAAUACCCCUGUGUUUGUAAACUUAGAGAAGGGAGAGAAUAAAGGAGGUAUUUCUCUGAAGAGAUGUUGCCUCUCUGGGGUUUCCUUAAUUAUAUGAAAAGAUCCACGGGUAAAAUUCUAUUAUAACUGUGAGAUAGCUCUUCUUUUAAGAUCAAACAAAAUAAUAAUUCUGAUUUCUCCAAAUCAGAGUUUACUUUUGAGACGUCUAGGAUAUAGAGUUCUUGGUCUCUUACUCAGUACAGAAAUUUUAAUAGUAAACUGUCCAUUGCCUAAAAAUUUUGCAAAUGAAUACGAAAUGACUACAUAAGCCUUUUUUUUUUUCUCUUUUGGGAAACUUUUUAAGUUUUGCUCAUUUUUUUCUUCACAAAUCAGUUCCAUCCAUCAUGGCCUUGUUUGGCGUAAAAAUGUGGUAUUUAAUUAAAGCCUUCGUGAUCAGCCAAAUUUGCCUUCAUUAGCUUAUUGAAUAUCUUUGGGUGCAAAAUAAUUUAAUUAUGAAUCACAUACAAAUUUUAACUGGCUGCAUUGCUAACGUGUCUUAAGUCCUAGAGCUGCUAAUUGAUUUGUCCUCAAAUUAGAUAAUCUCCUUUACAAAUGUUUUGCAUUAGUCCUCGAUGGUGUGGAGACAUUUCUGGUAGCAAGGGAGGAAAUAUACUGUGGAAAAAUUAAUGUGAAAUCAUUUGGAUUGCAUUUGGAUUCAAAUGUAGGCUCCCCAAGAGGAAAAUGUUGAGUCUUUGAAUCACUUUUCUCAUUAUUUCUUUUCACCUCCCUCUCCCAGCCUCACGUUGCCUUCUCCAUCUGUAUCUUGCCUGCCACCUGGGAAAUUCAGGGGGAAUAGGCAGCCCCCCACCGCACAGCCUCCCUGGUAGUCCUCAGCAGCCAGUAUUGAAUCCACUGCCCACCCUACUUAGGCCACAGCCAUGGCAACGUGGGGACAGAGGGCAGCCAGGAGCUGGGCUGGGCUGUGUGGGUGACGCUGGGGAGAGAGGAGACCCCAUAUGCCUUGGGCAAGUGAAUGAAACACUAGCAACAGGCUUCUUCCCUAACUCAGACCCAAAUCUUGGAUGAAAUAGUUGCAAGUGGGUGAAACCUGCCAGCAAAGCAGGCCUCUUCGGUCACGGCAGGCCCACAUCUCAGAGAAGCCAGGAAAACGAAUGUGAACCGCAGUGAAGCCCAGGCAUUUGCAGACCACAGUCAGCUCAGCAUGGUUUUCCUCUCUGCACUCCCCUUCAUGGGGUAUAAGUCACCGGAGCAAAAAGUCUGUUCACUUGUUCGAAUUGGGAAAGUGUCUGGGGAUUCCCAGUCUAGGAAAUGUUCUUUUCUUUCCAUGCAGUGGUUUUUACAGCUGUAAGGAAUUGAAGUGCGGCCAGAGGAUUCACAGAUGUGUCCUUCGUGCUGAGGUCCUGGGAGGUAGAUGGUGGGAGGCUGUGCAGGAGAACGUUGGAACUCCGACAGCACAACGGUGUUGGAUAUACUGGCGCCCUGGGACUGCCAGUGGCUCCCUUCCAGGGGGAAGUCACAGCCUUUGUGGAUGACCCACUUUGUGUUUUCAUAUAAAGGAAACUAAUCAUUUAUUAUAAAGCAAGAGGAGAGCUCCAGGCAAGGAGUACAGACUGUGUGUGUGUGAGUGUGUAAGAGAAAGUCAUAUAAAGCUAACUGUUAUUCUACAAUUAAAAUCAAGCCAAUAUCCCCUUGCUUCAAAAAAGAACAUGCUUGGAACAUUUCUGUUUACAUCUUUGAACAACUUAUUGGCAUUGGAACUAGAGUCCUAAAUCAAAAGAGAUGUUCGUUUUAAAGUAUGCCUGCCUUUUUGUUUUCUCUUUGGCAAACUCAGCUUUUAAGAUGAGCCGUCACUCUGAAUCUGUAAUAAAGGUGACACCAGGUGGCAGUAGACACCUCAGUUGUACCACUGAUCAGAUUUCAGCCCUUAUAAGUGCACCCUUAAAGUUCCCAAUGUUUCCCUACUCAGAAGAAUAUCCUUUUAAAAAAAAAGUCUGCCCUAGGCUACUCCGUCAUGGUAUCUGACACUGGAAUGCAUGUUCUUGUCUCUGCCUCCAUGUCUUUCCCUCGCCGGAGGUACCCUCAGUUUUACAGGGAUUUAAGCUGAUGGCACAGCUAAGUUUCAUCCGAGGCCUUUGUAAAUGUUCUUUCUUUGGUUUCUUAGAUAUGCUGAUUAUGUUCAGCCUUAUUUAGCACAUAUACUAUAUUGAACUUUAAUUGUCUCUCGCCAGUGUUGGGUUUUUU